AUGACUGCAACCCGCCAGUAAACCGGAACAAGAAAAAGAAGACGACCGAAACGUUAGAUACUUGGGAACACGCCGACACAACAUAGCCGUGAGGGCUUUUAAAUGUGUAAUUCCUCAAUGUCUACCGUUAUUCGUCUGACGUUUGAAAAAAACUACACGUUAUUUAUUAUUAAUUCCAGCAUAACCUUGAUUCGUCUCAGUGAACUUUGAAGCUUCUCGGGCUAGCUUAGCUUGCUACUUAGCUUAGCUCGUUAGCCGCUAACAAAGAGGCGAGGAAGGGUUCAACACACCGCCGAGCAGACAUCAAAUGUGAGUGCAAAGUGUUGAGAUUGUGUGGAAAUGUGCGAAAUAACGAUAGCCGAGUAUAAGGAGGAGCUUUCUCCAAAAGAGGAGACCGAGCGACAACAUCAACUACUGGACGCUGUUUUCAAGAAACCGGAAGUCGUGUUACACGGAACAGUCUGUGUCAGUCAAAAACUACAACCUCAAAGAAGACGAGGAGGAGCCACAGCUUCCCCUGGUCAAAGAGGAAGAGCAGGAACUAUGGAUCACUGAGGAGGAGGUUGAUCUCACCAUGUUUCCACUGACUGUUGUCUCGGUGAAGACUGAAGACCGUGAAGACAAACCACCUGAGUCCUCACAGCUUCAUCACCGUCCAAACGUUGAGCAGCUGAUUGGUCGCCAAGAAGAACCUUCCCGUCAGCCGCAGAAGGGGAGCUCCACUUUGAAGCAGGAGGAUCCACAGCCCCCUCACAUUAAAGAGGAAGAGUAUGGAUUUUCGACCACGCAUGAGGUUGAGUGUCUUCUAGGGCAGCAGAAGGCUGAUCCCACCAAGUUUCAAUUGACUGGUGUCUCUGUGAAAACUGAAGACCAUGAAGACAAUCCACCUACGUCCUCACAACUUCAUCCCAGUCCAAGUGAGAAGAACAGAGCCGUGGAACCUUCAAGGAGAAGCUCACCACAACAAAUAAAAGAAGCAGAUGGAGACACGAAGCAGCGAGAAGACCGUCCCCCUGCGCCACAGGAGGAAAGCUCCACUUUGAAGCAGGAGUAUCCACAGCCCCCCAACAUUAAGGAGGAAGAGGAGGAACGCUGGAUCAGUCAGUCAGGAGAAGAGUGUCUUCUCGAGCCGCAGGAGGCUGAGCUCACCAAGUUGCCUCUGACUGGUGUCUCUGUGAAGACUGACCUAUCUAAUAGUGACAACAUAAUGUCCCAAUCUGAGGAUGAAGACGAGAAUGACACCAAAGAACCUUUGAGCAGCGAUACAGACUGCGAGGAUGAUGUGAGGACUCACACUGACAACAAACACCCAGAAUGUUCUGAAAAGAAGACAAGGAAAACAGGUUUUACUUGCUCGUUUUGUGCUAAAAUGUUUUGUAAAAAAUCGAAUUAUGCUCGACACAUAAGAACACACACACAAGAGAAACCUUUCAAGUGCUCAGUUUGCUGCAGUAGUUUUUCUCAGAAAGUCACUUUGACUAUACACAUGAGAACGCACACAGGAGAGAAACCUUUUUGUUGUUCAGCUUGUGGCGAUACAUUUUCUCGGAAGGACUGCCUAAAAUUACACAUGAGGACGCACACGGGAGAAAAACCUUUCAGUUGCUUAGUUUGCUCCAAAAAGUUUUCUUUCAAGGACACAUUGACUGGUCACAUGAGAACGCACACGGGAGAAAAACCUUUCAGUUGCUCAGUUUGCUGCGAUACAUUUACUUGCAAGAGCACGCUGACUAAACAUAUGAGGACACACACAGGAGAGAAACCUUAUAUUUGCUCAGUUUGUGGCGAUACUUUUUCUCGAGGAGACAGACUGAAAUUGCACAUGAGGAAACACACAGGGGAGAAACCUUAUAUUUGUUCUGUAUGCGAUAAAGCUUAUUCUAAAAAGCAAAGUCUGACAGGACAUAUGCUGGCACACAACAGAGAAUAAAUGUUUUCCUGUCCUGUUUGUGCUGUAAGAUUGUCAAGUAGAAUUGUAAUGUCUCACGUGGAAAGUUGUAGUUUAUUUCUGACAUAUAUACAGCACUUUGAUAGUUAUGAUCUGUUGUGUGUGUGUGUGGUAACAGAUUCCCUCAUGAGUUCCAGGUUAGAGUGCCACUAAGAACAGUAGCUACAUUAUUUUAGAUCAACUCUGAAACAAAUAAAAACAUGUUGACUAACAAGCUCAGACAGUCUGAUUGUUUGAGGACAACAUGGAUGGAGUGAGGUGUGUUUGGUAUAUUUUCUGUCUUUAUGAUGGCACCAACAUUUAAUUCUUUAUUUGAAGAGCAUUUAUCAUGUUAUCUGGCUCACUGUUUCUUUUUUUGCCAUCUGGAAGACUUAUAUCUG